CUGUAGAACAAAGUUCUUGGUCCUCGUCUUCGUUCUCGUAGCGACUUUGAAGUUGUCCUCGGUAGUAACUACAUUUUUUCAAAUAUAGUAAUUUAGUGCACAAAUAGAAGUAGUACUAUCUACAAAGGCCGGGCCGCUUGUGCAACUUGGUGGUUAUCUAUCAUUGCCAAACGGGAACAAGUAGUAGAGCAUCGACAAAUAUGGGUGAAGGCAAGGCCGCGAUGGUAAACACCCGGGAUUGCCCGGAGCUAUUCGGCAAGAAGCAGAUCGACGCCAAAAAAGCCGGCAUUUGUGACGACGAUGAAGACGAGUGCAACACGCUAUACGAUUGUGGGUAAUAUACUAACUGACUCACUUUUUUUUUGCAAGCAUUUGACUGUCAUGCCUUUAUUUUACGUCGUCGGAAAGAGCUGCAAAUUUGACAUCGUAAGAAAAAAUGAAACUAUCAGGAACAAGAAGUACACCCUUUCCCAGCUCUGCGAGAUGUUUCCUUUCUGCACCAAGCAGCAGAUUGAGUCGUUGAUGGCACAGUACGCGGGCGAGGAAGGGAUGAUAAGGCUCACGAAAUACCACCAAGGGCAGGAGGCAGCGUAUUGAUCAUCAAGAUCAACCUGAACCUGAUUUGGUCGUGCAUAAUUUUGAACAGCGUCCUCAUCUACAAACAAAAGCACCAUGUGAAAUGAUCAAGCAAAUGUCCAAUCUUCACAACAAAAUCAAAACAACAGAGCGAAACAGCGCGAAGCGUUGGAAGAGGAGAGGACGCGGGAGCCGAAAAAACAGUUCGAGGGCGUGGGGGAGCGGGCGUUUCCAAUAUGAGAGCGCACAACGAGGUUUUUUCCAUAUUUGGAAGACAGCAACAGCAAGAGCUCUUGGCAAAGCCAAAGAUGAUUGAGCGGGUUUUGCAUCACAAUAAAUUCACGACGCAGGAUGAGGAUUAUUGUGCUUGUGUUAGUUUGCGCUGUCCUUGGGAUCUUUUAUGCACAAUAGCAAAGACAAAACCAAAAGCAAGCAUAUGAAUGGUAAUAGAUUUGGGGUUGCCAUGCGAAAUGAGUGGAGCAAGUAUCAGUUGUGCACUGUCAUAUUGAAAAUUGAGCUUGGAAAAGGAAUGGGAACUGGUCGACGAGCUGGACGACUGGACGAAAAUUGACCCGAUGGAGAAGAAGAAAACGUAUUGAGAAUUUUUGAAGAUUUACAUGUACGAGAUUGAUUUGCUCAGCAUGAAUGGAAUUUGUCAUGGUGACUAGCCUAAGUAACCGUAAAGACGGUUCCUCCAAAUCGAAAUUUGUCGAUGCGAAAAACUAAAACCUACAGGUGGGCGGAAAGGAUAAAGGACCAAGGAAACUGA